AUGAGUUGUAGGGAGGGACUUAUGUCACCACAAACAGAGACUAAAGCAAGUGUUGGAUUCAAAGCUGGUGUUAAAGAGUAUAAAUUGACUUAUUAUACUCCUCAAUAUGAAGUCAAAGAUACUGAUAUCUUGGCAGCCUUCCGAGUAACUCCUCAACCCGGAGUUCCGCCUGAGGAAGCAGGGGCCGCGGUAGCUGCUGAAUCUUCUACUGGUUCUGUUACUAACAUGUUUACUUCCAUUGUGGGUAAUGUAUUUGGGUUCAAAGCCCUGCGCGCUCUACGUCUAGAGGAUCUGCGAAUCCCUACUGCUUAUGUUAAAACUUUCCAAGGCCCGCCUCAUGGCAUCCAGGUUGAAAGAGAUAAAUUGAACAAGUAUGGUCGCCCCCUAUUAGGAUGUACUAUUAAACCUAAAUUGGGGUUAUCCGCUAAGAACUACGGUAGAGCAGUUUAUGAAUGUCUACGUGGCGGGCUUGAUUUUACCAAAGAUGAUGAGAAUGUGAACUCCCAACCAUUUAUGCGCUGGAGAGACCGUUUCUUAUUUUGUGCCGAAGCAAUUUAUAAAUCACAGGCUGAAACAGGUGAAAUCAAAGGGCAUUACUUGAAUGCUACUGCAGGUACAUGUGAAGAAAUGAUCAAAAGGGCCGUGUGUGCUAGAGAAUUGGGAGUUCCUAUCGUAAUGCACGACUACUUAACAAUGCACGACUACUUAACAGGUGGGUUCACUGCUUCUCUUCCGUGGGUUCGGAAACUGCUCGAUGUUUUUCUUUGUUGUCAAGAGGAGUUUAGGCUUAUCCUUUUUAACAACAAAGCUCAAGUGAUCAAACCUCCCAUGGACCGUCUGAUUGCUGAAUACUACGAGCGUACAGUUAAGGCGCUUGAUGUGUGUAAUGCAAUUCGCGACGGAAUUGAGCAGAUCAAGCAAUGGCAGAAGCUUCUUGAAAUAGUGCUUUGCGCUUUGGGUGAUAAUAAUGGUAUUGCUAAUAAUAAUUGUUGUCAGAGAGCCCUAGGAGAAGGGCAAUUUCGUCGGGCUAAAAAAGCCUUGAUAGAUUUAGCAAUUGGGAUGCUUGAUGAGAAAGAUUCCGGUCAAGCUUUGUCUCAUAGGAAUCGUUCAUUUGGAAGAAACAAUAAUAGCACCAGUCACUCCAAGGAUCAUCACCACCGUCCUUUGGGGCAUUUCAGGUCCUUGUCUUGGAGCGUUUCAAGGUCUUGGUCUGCUGCGAGGCAGCUCCUGGCGAUUGGGAACAACUUGGCCGUGCCUCGAGGGAGUGAUGUUGUAGCUACUAAUGGACUUGUAAUGCCUGUUUACACAAUGGGUUGUGUUUUGUUGUUUGUAAUGUGGGCGUUGGUGGCUGCUAUACCAUGUCAAGAUCGUGGUUUGCAAGUUCAUAUUUAUGUUCCCAGGCACUUUUCAUGGGCUGGUCCAUUACUUUCUUUGCAUGAGAGGAUUCUGGAGGAGUCGAAGAAGAGGGAUAGGAAAAAUGCUUGUGGACUGUUGAGGGAAAUUUAUCAGAUGGAGAAGUGUACGCGGUUGUUGGGUGAAUUGACUGAUACCGUGCAGUUUCCGUUGGGUGAGGAGAAGGAAAUGGAGGUUAGACAGAGAGUGAAGGAACUGGGGCAGGUUUUUGAUGCAAUGAAGGAAGGUCUAGAACCGCUGGAAAAGCAGGUUAUGGAGGUGUUUCAUAGGAUUGUUCGUAGCCGAACUGAAGGGCUUGACUCUUUGGGAAGGGGAAAUAAUACCGAGUAAAAGGUCUGUUGUAGGGUUGGGAUGAUUUAAACUGUAAUUCUGGAAUGUAUAACUUGCAAAUGUGUUUUGCUUUGGGCUACGGAAGGAACUCGAGGGUCAUGAAGACGAAAGAUAAGUGAAAAAAUGAUGAAGAUGGAGAAGAAAUGAAGAAAGAUUUGAGGCAUGCGCUACAAAGAUAAAGAAGGAUAAGAAGGAAACCAAAAAAAGAAAAAAAUAACAGAUUUUCUUGUAUUUAUCACCCCAUAUAUCAGUGUAGUGUAAAGAAACGAGGAUAUGGAGUUGGCCCUUUGGUCCCAACGUCCUGCUUUGUGUUUUUAUUGUAUAAUCAAAUUUCUGAGUAAAUUUGCUUCUUGUUUCUUUA